ACUCCACACCACUGUGCCAAGCAGAGGGCAAGAUGGUGAAUAAUCAUCCUCUGCUCCUUCUCAUGUGGGUUUUGUUGCCUCUGUCUCAAGGACAAAGGAGAUCAUUGCUUUUGGAGGGGAAAGGAAAACUGACGGAAAUGGCUCGGUGCAGCUUUUUUGGGGAACAUUGGAUCCAGACCUUCGAUGGGAAAAUUUAUGAGUUUCCAGGAGACUGCAGUUAUAAGCUGGCCAGCGAUUGCAACAAACGCUCAUUCUCUCUUUUAGGUAACUAUCAGGGUGGAAAACGAAAAGGCAUCUCUUUGUAUUUGGGAGAAUACUUUGACGCUCAUCUGACUUUAAAUGGAGAACUAUCAGUGGGAAAUAAAAGGAUUUUGCUGCCUUUUGCAUCCCACGGAGUCUUCAUAGGAACUGAAGCAGGUCACUACCUCAUAUCAAGUGAUGAAUAUGGAUUCACAGCCAAGAUCGACACCACUGGAAACGUGAUCAUUAACUUGUCCAAAAAGUAUUUCGGAAAGACGUGUGGACUCUGUGGCAAUUAUAACAAUUUUCCUCAAGAUGACUACAUGAGUCAAGAAGGUUUCCAGGUUGACAGCAGUUAUGACUUUGCCAACUCUUGGGCGAUGCACGGAGCAGAGGAACUCUGCACCAGAGUAUCUCCUCCCAGUAAGACAUGCAAUAUGUCCUCUGAAGCACUGGAGCAGGACUUGCUGGGAAAGUGCAGUAUGCUCAGUACAAGCCACGUAUUUGGGAAAUGUAAGCAGCAAAUAAAUCCUGAGACCUUCAUUGCCACUUGUGAGGAUGAAGUGUGCCACUGUGAAGGAGAGAACUGUCACUGCCACGUGUUUCUGGAAUAUGCGAGAUCUUGCGCUCACACUGGUUUAAUUCUCCAUGACUGGUCUGCAGAAACUGGAUGCAGCUACAGAUGUCCUGCCGGCAUGGAGUAUGUUGAGUGCGUGCCAACCUGCGCAAGGACCUGCAGGAGUUUGAAUAUCAACGAAGUGUGUGAGGCGCCAUGCAAGGAUGGUUGCAUGUGCACAGAUGGGAAAGUACUGGACGGGGACGCUUGUGUAGAGUUGUCCGAGUGUUCCUGCAUGCACAUGGGACGACAAUAUCCUCCAGGUUCAAGUAUCUCCCAGGAUUGCCACACGUGCAUUUGCAGCAAUGCAAAAUGGGAAUGUACCAAUGAGAACUGCCCAGGUGAAUGUUUUGCUAUUGGACAAUCACAUUUUAAGAGUUUCGACGACAAAUACUUCACCUUCAGUGGGAUGUGUCAGUACUUAAUGGCAAAGGACUGUGAGGACAACACUUUCGCUGCAUAUAUAGAAAAAAUCCAGUGUGCAGAUGAUCCCGAAGCAGUUUGCAUAAGAUCAACCACAUUGGUAUUCCAAGAGCUGGGCAACUUGACAGUUAAACUUAAACAUGGAGGGAGAGUUUCAGUUAAUGGCAUGGACAUACAGACACCUCUAAUUCAAGGUGGCCUUCGUAUUCAGCAUACUAUGCUUUCCACCAUCCGGGUGACCUACAACGAAGAUUUUCAGUUUGACUGGGAUGGACAAGGAAAAGUUUACUUCAAGCUCAGUCCAACAUACACUGGCUCAACCUGUGGUUUAUGUGGAAAUUACAAUGGCAAUCAAGGAGAUGACUUCCUCACACCAUCAGGACUUGUUGAAUCGGAGGUGGUGAAUUUCGGGAACUCGUGGAAGACCAAUGGUGACUGUGCUGAUCUGAAACAUACACAAGGCGACCCCUGCAAAUUAAACCCUAAAAGAGUGAGAUAUGCUGAAGACGUGUGCUCAGUUCUGCUGUUAACUGAGUUUGAACCGUGCCAUCAUGAAGUAAACCCUGCCCCGUUCUUGAAGAACUGCCACUAUGAUGUUUGUGCUUGCUCCAAUGGCAAAGACUGUCUGUGCUCUGCUGUUUCCACAUACGCAGCAAUAUGUGCCAGGAGAGGUGUACUGAUUAACUGGAGGACACCAGACUUCUGUGAAAUGACCUGUCCUGAAGGCCAGAUCUAUCAGCAAUGUGGGAGCCCUUGUAAUCAGACCUGUCGGUCACUCUCUUACCCGGAAACCGACUGCACUGAAUUUUGCUUGGAAGGUUGUUACUGCCCCCCUAAUCAAUAUCUCAAUGAAGACGGGCAUUGUGUACAGAAAACAGAAUGCUCCUGCUAUUUUGACGGUGACAUUUACAAUCCCCAUGAGGAAAUUUCUUUGCAGUAUAGUAUAUGUUACUGUGAGAAUGGCAAGAUGCAUUGCAGUACCAGUGAAUUUUCCCAUGCCUAUCCACCAAGUGUGUUCCUGGAUGAGUCGUUCGAGAGAGAUAAGCGAGACAUACGUUGCACUCCACCACUGAGAACAUUCACUUGUCCAAAAGAUGACCCUACAGCAAAGGGGAAAGAAUGCAUAAAAACAUGUCAGAAUUAUGACUUUGAGUGCGUAACCUCAAAAUGCAUGUCAGGUUGUGUUUGUCCUCCUGGGCAGGUACUAUAUGCGGACAUUUGUAUUGUUCCAUAUAUGUGUCCAUGUUUACACAAUGGCAAAGAAUACCGUCCUGGGGAAACUGUGAAAAAGGAUUGUAACACUUGUGAGUGUCACAAUCGUAAGUGGACCUGCACUCACAAUGACUGUGAUGGCACCUGCACUGCAAUUGGUGAGGCGCACUACAUAACAUUCGAUGGAAUGAAAUAUACCUUCCCAGGCAAAUGUCAGUAUGUCCUCGUUCAGGACAUUUGUGGUGACAAUGCAGGAACCUUUCGCAUACUUGUUGAGCACACUGGUUGUGGCUUGCCUGGAGAAGAGUGCUCCAAAAUCAUUACUGUCUUAUAUGAGGGAGGAGAACUGGAACUGUACGGAAGAGAAGUGAACGUCAAAAAAUCUGUGCCAAAUGACAAAGAUGUUCAGAUAUUGAGGUCCGGACUUUACUACCUUGUUGUAUUGGAUAAGAAGAUCUCUAUUUUGUGGGAUAUGGGAACUCGAGUUUCCGUUCAGAUUAAUGGCCAAUACAAAGACAAAGUCUGUGGACUGUGUGGAAAUUUUGAUGGAAAUGAAAACAAUGACUUGGUGGGCAGUGGCAAUCAGCUUGAGAUUGAGUCAAUUGACUUUGGGAAUUCGUGGACAGUGAACUAUAUGUGUGCGAAUGCUUUGCAGACUCCAUCCUUGUGCAGUGAUAACAGUUUGAAACAGGCAUUGGUGGAAAGCUCUUGCAACAUCAUCAAAAGUGCCCUAUUCGCUGAAUGUGCAACCUUGGUCAACCCUCAGCCCUAUUGGGAGAUUUGUAUGUAUGAUACCUGCUCAUGUGAUGCCACUGGAGAAUGUCUCUGUCUUUGCAAUGCUAUUUCAGGUUAUGCACACGAAUGCGCACAGCAUGGUGUAGUUGUCCACUGGAGGACAGCUAACUUGUGCCCAAUAAGCUGUGAAGAGUUGAACAGUAAACGGUUGGAUUACGUGUGUGAGUGGAGAUACAAUGCUUGUGCACCUGCCUGCCCUGUGUCCUGCCAGCAUCCUGAACAAACUGAAUGCCCUUUGACAUGUGUGGAGGGAUGCCAUGCAUAUUGUCCUUCAGGAACUAUACUGGAUGAGGAUUCACAGACAUGCAUCAGCCCUGAACACUGUCCAGUCUGUAUCCUGGAAGAUAAACGUAUUCCAAGUGGACAAACAACUGUUGUGAACAAAGGAACAGGCAGAUGCCAGAUAUGCUUAUGUAAUGGGACUUCCUUGCAUUGUGAAGAUUGCCCUGCAGUGGAAAUUCCCGUACCAGAAACAAAUGAUCUUCCACUGAUAGAGCUGCCACCUGAUGAAGGCUGCCACAAAGUCAUGGAACUGGCCUUCCUCAUCGAUGGCAGUACGUCAUUCUCAAGGCAACAGUUUGAAGUUGUGAAAAGAUUUGUGCUGGAAAUGAUGAAACAGAUGCAGAUCGGACAAUCCAACAUACGGGUGGCCGUUUUACAGUUUCACGUGAACAUUCAAAAGUACUUUGACUUGUGGGAAAAGAAAAACGUAAGACAACUGAGGAAGAUAGUGGAAACGCUGCCGUAUAUUGGGUUUUCCAGAGCAAACCUGUACGAAGCUUUGAAACAUGCAUCGAUUCUUGUGUUUGGACGUGACGCUAGGAAAGAUGUCCCCAGAAUAGCUAUUCUCCUGACAGGGAGCACCUCAUCCAAAGACAUUAAAGGUGCCUUGAAAUUCAUCAUUAAGAAAAAGGUCACUGUCAUAUCGAUAGGCAUUGGGCCAGGAGUAAAUCAAAAGGAAAUAAAUAUGCUAACAAAAAAAUCACCGGGAGGCAAAUCAUUUACUUUGAAUGAUGUUGAAGAGCUUGAAGAACAAAGAGAUGCAAUUUUCGACUACAUGUGCAGUCGUGGAGCCCCAACCCCAACCAUAAGGCCAACUACCUCCUACUCAACCACUACCCAAACAGUGACCUCCUCCCCUUCUACAGCUGUACUUGAUGUUGUGUUCCUACUGGAAGGUUCAGACAAGGUGGGAGAAAGCAACUUCAACAGAUCCAAAGAAUUUAUUAUGAAAACUGUUGAAAAGUUCCAAGUCAGUAAGCCUGGAACACAAGUAUCUGUUAUCCAGUAUUCAGAUGCUGUCAAUGAAGAACUAACCUUCACAAGCACACAGGAUUACACAGAAGUGUUAGAAAGAAUUAAGCAGAUGAAAUUCCGCGGAGGAGAGCAAACAAACACGGGCAAUGCCUUGAUGCACGUCAUUGAAAGCACUUUCACGAUGCAGAACAGUGACAGGGAGGAAACUCCUAACUUAGUGUUUAUGAUAACUAGCAACCCACCAACAGACAACAUCAGGCAAUCCGCCACUGCCCUAAAAGAGAAGAAUGUGGAAUUAAUACCAAUAAUCGUUGGGAAUGAUGUUACGUUGCAAGACAUUGAUCCAUUCGGUGACUUUGGUCCACCGAUACAAACGAACUACACUGAUAUUGUUAAUAUGAGUGAUGUGGCAUUUAAGGUCUGCUGUCAACCAAGUACUCAACUCGUUACUGUUGCUACCACUCCAGCCUCAGUGAGAACACCAGCACCCCCUUCAGUUUCAUGCCUUGGGCCAAUGGAUAUUGCCAUAUUGCUGGAUGUUAAUGGGAUUGUCGGACCUGAAGAAUUUGAAGAAAUGAAAUUAUUUGUAAAAGCUUUAAUCCAGAAACUCAACACAGAGAAAGAUGCAAACCACUUUUCUGUCAUGCAGUACGGAAAGACGAACACAGUCAAAAUUGCUUUUGACGAAAACCAAGACGGGGAUACGCUCCUAUUCCUGGUAGAUGAAAUGCAGCAGCAGGAACCCGGCUUUAGCCAAAUAGGGAAAGCAGUCUCUUUCAUGUUCGAGAACAUGAUGACUGAGUCUCAAGGAGCCAGACCUGGUGUUCCCAAGAUUGCUCUCGUGAUAGUUAUGAACACUGAUGUUUCAGAAGACGAUCUUGUUUCUGCAGCAGAUGAAGCAAGCGUAAAUGGUGUUUCAGUAUUUCCAAUUGGAAUUGGAAGGGAAUAUGAUCAACAACAACUCAGAAUUUUAACUGGGCCUCUCAAUGAAAAUAAUAUCAUUCAGCUGGACAGCACUGAAAAUCUUCUCACAAUGGUCACAAUCAGUAACCAGUUUGUAGAAAAGAUCUGCAGAGAGAAUCUGUCUAAGGAAUGUAUAGAUGACAAAGGAAAUCGGCGACAGGCUGGAGAGAAAUGGCUUUUACCUGAUAAAUGCCACAGUCUUACAUGCAAACCAAAUGGGGAAAUUCUUUCCACGAGCCACAGAAUAAAUUGUGAGAAACUUCGCAAACCGACCUGCAGUAAUAAUCUUCCCAAUAUCAAAAUUGAAGAAACGUGUGGCUGUAGAUGGGCCUGUCCUUGUACGUGCACAGGGAGCUCGAACAAACAGAUGACCACUUUUGACGGGCGUGCCUUCUCUUUAAAUGGGAACUGCUCUUACUUGUUGCUGCAAGUCGAAGGUCAAAAUACGCAAAUAGUCCUUCACAAGGUGCCAUGCAUCCACAACCUGCAAGAAAACUGCUUUACAGCCAUUGAGGUGCAGCGCCACAACACGACAAUCCUGCUCCAUGAUGAUAUGACGAUCUCUGUCAAUGGAAAGCUCGCCUCUACUCCUUUCCAUUUUGAGGAUGUGCUGAUUGUUCAAUUUGGGUCGACCAACCUUGUAGCAGAUAUCCGAGAUUUGGACACCAUUCUGGUCUUCAGCCCGACCAAUGAUCUGUUUGCUGUUGGGGUCUCUCCAACUCUGUUCUUCACCAAAACAUCCGGCAUUUGUGGAAAAUGCGACAAUAACCAGCUCAAUGAUUUUGAGCUGCAGGAUGGCUCCCUAACCAAUGACACCCUAAAGUUUAUACAAGAAUGGACACUUAAAGAAUCAGCGUUGUACAGUUGCAAUGACAAGGCACCAGUGGUGCCCCGACCUUGUGAAACAGAAAGUAAUAAGUGCAGUGUUUUGCUGUCAUCCACAUUUGCCGCAUGUCAUGAUGUAGUUGAUGUACAACCAUACCUCACCCAAUGUCGGCAGGAUGCAUGUGAUACUAAUGAGUGUGCGUCCAUUUCGGCUUACAGCUUCAGGUGCCAACUUCAUCGCAUCUGUGUCACGUGGAGGACGGACAAUUUCUGUCCUAUGCAGUGCUCUGCUUCCAUGGUGUAUGAACCUUGUAGAUUAAGUUGCACUCAUCAUUGUGACAGCAUCACCAACAGCACUCAAUGCCUGGAUUCUCCAACUGAGGGCUGCUUCUGUCCAGAAGGGAAGUUGCUAUUAGAAGGAAAAUGUGUGACCGAUGAGGCUUGCACUGAAUGCACAGAUGAUCAAGGAACACCUCACCAGUACUUGGAUACAUGGAUUUCGCAAAACAACCCAUGCCAACUGUGCAUGUGCUUAGCCAACAGACAAAUCAACUGCACCAGCAAACCUUGCCCAACCCUCUCAGUACCGAGGUGUCAGCCUUGUGAAAUACCAAAGAUAAGCCAUGACGUAGAUAACUGCUGUUCACAGUAUGAAUGUGUCUGUGAUUUGCCGUCGUGUAAUCAACCAGCUAUUCCAAAAUGUGAAGAUGGACUUAGUUUGUCGUUGAAAAAUCCAGGCGCCUGUUUGGCAGCUUAUGAAUGUGUCUGCAGUAAGGACCAGUGUGAAACCCAGUCUGUGGCAUGCCCACCUCACCGGGCACCGUACAUAAGAAAGACACAGUGCUGUGACAAAUAUGAAUGUGUUUGCAGUUGUGAAAAUGUAGAAGCAAACUGCCCUGUUGGAUAUUCAGUCAAAUCAAUGACCAAUGACUGCAAUUGUACCACGUCUGCCUGUGAACCCAAUGAGGUUUGUGUCCACAAUGGUGCUCUCUACCAAGUUGGAAGCACCUGGGAGGAGUCUUGCAAAGAGUGCUCUUGCACAGAGAGGAAGGACAGUGUCACAGGGCUUCAUAUUGUGCAGUGUGCUAGAAAAACCUGCAUCAGGGAUUGCCCAGUUGGAUAUACCUACACUGAAGAGAACGGUGCUUGUUGUGGAAAAUGCAGGCAGUCAAUGUGUGAAUAUACAGAAAUUGCUGUCCAAAGGGGUGAUGUUGUCCCACAGAAACAUCUCUAUGCAGCUGGUGAGCAAUGGGAAUCCCCCAAUAAUCCAUGUAUGUUAAUGGAAUGUCUAAUGGUCAAUGGAGAGGUGGUGCUGCAUGAAAAGAAUGCGCCCUGUAACCAUGCAAACAUCCCUGAAUGCCCUUUGGGACAUGAACUUAGCUGUAGAGACAGUGGAUGCUGUCCUGUCUGCCACUGCGUUCCAGGAAAUGUUUGUGUAAUAAACGGCACCAUCAUUGGGGUGGGAGGGCCUAUAAAGAUAAAUGACUGCACCGAGUGUCAAUGCUUUCAAGAGAGAGGCCUGUUGAAGAAUAGAAAUGUUCUCCGAUGUAAGAAAUCAGAGUGCCAUCCUUGUCCUGAUGGAUAUGUUCCACAGAAAGAAAUCGGUUCUUGUUGUGGAAAAUGUGUUGCCACAGGAUGCCUUAUUCAACUGAAGAAUGAGACCCGGGUUAAAUUAAACGCAGGUGAAAACCUCCAAGAUGGUUGUGACAGGCACAAAUGCAAAGUAAAUGACAAAGGAGAGUUUUCCUGGGAGAAGCAAACAACAGUAUGCCCUUCGUUCGAUCAUGAAGAAUGUAAAUCUGAUGGGGGUGAAGUGGUGCCUGUGGAAAAUACUUGCUGUUUCACAUGUGACUUCAGACCACAGCUCUGCAGAAAAAUAACAGGAGUGGUUCAGUACAUAAGAAUUGAUGACUGCAUGACGGAAAAUGAAGUUAACAUUCAUUACUGUGAGGGGCGCUGUUCAAGUAAAUCCGCCUACUCUGUGCAGAAUGAUGGAGUGCAAAAUCAAUGUGUUUGCUGUUCAGCGACCGCUUCAACAAAGUUGCUGGUGCCACUGAAAUGUCAAAAUGGGACCGUCUUACACCAUGAAGUAACAGAUAUGCAAGAAUGUGCCUGUGUCAGCCGCCACUGCGAAUGAACAAAAGAAAAGCCCAAAGAUAGUAAAAGUGGCAAUUCCUAUCAGAACUGGAGCCUCGCAUUUCACAUAAGGCUAAAUUCAGUAUUGGGUGAUCAUUUUUGGUGCCGUUAAUCAACCACUGAUAUGAUGUAUAAGCGUUCUUGCUUGCUAAUAACACACACUUGUAAAUGUGGUUAAUACCAUAGCCUCAUCUUGCUUUGAUGUAUGAACCAUUCUGAAUGUAUACCUGUCUUACUGCCAUCACAGGGUUGAAUGUAAUAGUUUGGCAUUUACACAAAGGAACAUUGUAAAGCUUAUUUGUAUCGAACCAUUCAUUAGUUCUGUAUUAUAAAAGAAGUUUCUGCUGGACAUUCAAA